AGAGAGCUUGCUUCUACGGCAAGCCCACGACAACCCGCUGCCAUUCAACGCAGAAUCGAGACACGCUCGCCCAACCGUCUUUUAUCUGGCCUUCCGCCUAUCCAGCAGCUUUCCCAACAGAAACGCAACCAUGGCGACCAGAAUCCCGCGCCGCCCAACCACCCUCCUCUCCUCCACCUCAGCCCUCACACCUCAAACUACGAGCCGUACGCCCCAAAUCCAAACGCAAACCCGAAACGCGACGCUAAUUCGCCGCCCACGGCGCCCCUACACCUUCACACAACUAGUGCAGCUGAGCGACGGGUCGACAUACACGAUGCGCACGAGCUCGCCGCUGGCCAUGUACAAGCCGUCCAAGGACAGCCGGAACCACAUGCUGUGGAACCCGAGCGAGAAGAGCCUCAAGAACGUUGAGGUAGACGAGGCCGGUAAGCUGGCUGCCUUCAGAGAACGUUUUGGACGCGGGUGGGACGCCAAACAGGAGGACAGCGAUGCGGCUUUGGGCGGCGCGCAAGAGAAGCAGCCGCAACAGAAACAGAAGAAUGGGCCUGAGGAGGAGUCUUGGGAUACGGAUGGAAGGCAACCGAAGAGUGUGGAUGCACUGGGAGAUUUGAUAUCGGGGUACCAUGGCCGGAAUGCGUCAGAAUACGAGGGACGGACAAAGGGCAAGAAGUAGGCUCUCCAAGCGCAUCAUGCAUUACGGGGACGGGAGUAAUUUCCGCAUCUAUGGGUGCCCAAAUUUGUGGCAUACGGUGCUCUUGUCGCUCCACAGAGUGGCUUGAUACGAAUUUGAAGUAGUCAAAUGCAUGGCAGCUGUACGGUGAGGUGUGGUCUACGAAGUGGAAUAGAAGGGCCUCGU